AUAACUGCCUUUUUUUAAAAGGCCAAAGCUACAGUUCUACAAAAUUAGUAUUCAGAUAAAUAAACAGAUAAAAGGAAUUUGUAAUAGCUAAUAAAAUAGCCAUAUGACUAUGUCCAUGGCCCAGCAGAUUGGCCUUGUUUAUUACUGCUGAAGUAUUUAAUCAGGGAAGGAAUUUGUUACUGGAAAGGGUGAAGAGUUGUGUCCUCGACACUUAAAGUCAUGUGACAUAUGGAGGCUGAUGGGAGUUGGGGUCUUGUUUCUCCAAAAAGAGACUUAAAAACAAGCCGUGCUCUUGAUUGGUUGGUCUGAUUGGGUGUCACGGGCAGAAAGAGGAAGGUAUAAAACCUUUGCGGCUGUGCUGCAGGACUGACAGCUGGUGGGACAUGUUUGUGCAGUGUUACUAUAAUUACGGCAGAUACUCCGGCAAGCAUUAGACACCAGCUAGAAUGGAAAUCCAGAGGACUGGCUCACUGACUGGGUCUCCUAGCUCUAUGGAGAGUCUGGAGAAGCAGCUUAGUUGUCCAAUCUGUCUUGAUAUGUUUACCAAGCCAGUAGUGAUCCUCCCCUGUCAACAUAACCUGUGCCGUGGAUGUGCUAGUGACCUUUACGACUCUCGAAACCCUUACCGGUUUUCAGGGGGGGUGUUCAGGUGUCCAACAUGCCGUUUUGAAGUGGUUCUUGAUCGUCAUGGUGUACAUGGACUUCAAAGGAAUAUUCUAGUAGAGAACAUUAUUGAUCUUUACAAACAGCAGCAAGAAGGUUGUGGAACCACUGCAGCACCUGUAAAACCUAAAGUCUCCACUGAACCACAGUGUGAGGAGCACAAGGAUGAAAAGAUCAACAUCUACUGUGUGACCCACCAGAUUCCCACUUGCUCACUGUGUAAAGUGUUUGGACAGCAUAAGGAUUGUGAAGUUUCCCCUCUUGCUAGUGUUUACCAGGCCCAAAAGGGAGAGAUGAGCAAUGCCAUUGAUGCCCUGGUUGCAGGUAAUGGACGGCUGCAGGCCCUGCUAAACCAGAUGGAGGAAGUUUGCAAAGCUGUUCAGGACAAUGCCCAACAUGCUAAGCAAAAGCUUGGGGAGCGAUUUGAUGCUCUAUAUGUGGCUUUAGAGGAACGAAAGAAUGCCCUCUUGGAACGUAUAAGCAAAGAGCAGGAUGAAAAGGUGGCAGUUUUAAGAAAGCUAGCUAGACGUUAUGGAGACCGGCUACAAGCUUGCACAGAGCUCACUGAUACAGCAGUUCAGGCCCUUGAACAAAGCAAUGCUGCAGACUUUCUGCAGUCCUCCAAGGGUCUCAUUGCACAGACAAAGGAUGCAGCCAAGAGUUCCCUGGCUGAGGAAAGACCCGAACCUGGUUUUGAGAGAAUGGACCAUUUUAUUCUUUUCACAGACCAUAUUGAGGCGUUGUUGUCCAAGAUGGACUUUGGAGCGAACGAUAAUGAAGACUAUGAAGAUGCAGAGGAAGAGGAGUGAACUGGACACGUGGUGUUUUAAGAGUUAGUGUAUGUGAAGGACAAUGUAAACCAUAUUGCGAAAUAAUGUAUUUUUAACAGAUUUUAAGUGCUAUUACAGGGUGUGCAGCUAAACAAUACUGAAAACUACAAAGCUACUUUCUAAUAAAAUACUGCAAUUUUGAUACUUUCGUAAUGAUAGUUUAUAUAUUUGUGUCUAUGUGAAUCUUAUGGUGAGAGUACACUGCGUAUUCUGAAAUGAACAGAAAACAUUAUACGGUUCCUGUACUUGGAUGGUCCUGGAGAAACGUUGUCUCAUUUCACUAUGUACCGCAUCAGCUAUAUAUAGAAAUGACAAUAAAAACUACUUGACUUGACUUGACUUGGAGGUGAAAUGAACAGAUCAUAUACAAACUUAUUUUGCAUUGUAGAAAUAAGUUUUUGUGAUUACUGUGGUUAUUCUGCUGCAUGUAAAAUAAAAGGAAUAAAUUGAGA